UUGUUUAAGGUGGCUUCAGGUGCUGCUAGUCGGACGGGUCCUCUGUUUCAGUUGGGAAAAUGUCUUGCCAUCCCUAUGCAGUUACAUGUGACUAAUCGACAGCGUCUUUGCAAUCGCAUUCGGGAUAGACUAUCGUUGCACGAUACUAGCAAGUCGCUCUCACACAAUCUGUCUGGUGUGUUUAUUGUGCUGCAAGGUGGUACCGACACUUUUCUGGGAGACUCAGAUGCUGCUAACGUUUUUCGGCAGGAAUCAUUUUUCCACUGGACUUUCGGUGUUCUUGAACCAGAUUGUUAUGGGCUAAUCGAAGUAGUUACUGGACGUUCUACACUUUUCAUUCCAAAAAUAUCAGAAGAAGCGGCAAUAUACGAUGGAGAAUUAGCUUCGCUUGAACAAUUUUCAAAAAAAUAUGCUGUAGAUGAAACUCAUUAUACAGAUGAGAUUGCUACAUAUUUACGAUUAUGGAAUGCUACAGUUUUAUUAACCUUAUGCGGUGUAAAUUCGGAUAGCCAUCGUCCUACUCCAGAGGCCAAAUUUCCGGGAAUUGAAAAAUUUCAAGUAAAUAGAAAUAUUCUUCAUUAUGAAAUUGUAUCAUGUCGCCUUAUCAAAACUGACAUGGAGUUGGAUGUGUUGCGUUACACAAAUCGUAUCAGUAGUGCUGCACAUCGUCACUUAAUGCGUUCAAUCAAACCGGGAAUGUAUCAAUAUCAGGCAGAAAGUAUUUUCAAACAUUAUUGUUAUUUUCAUGGUGGCAUGCGUCAUAUGAGUUAUACAUGUAUUGCAGCUACAGGAUGUGAUUGUUCUGUACUUCAUUAUGGUCAUGCAGGAGCACCGAAUGAACAUCAAAUUAUGGAUGGUGAAAUGUGUUUAUUUGAUAUGGGUGGUGAAUAUUAUUGUUAUUCUUCCGAUAUUACUUGUUCAUUUCCUGUUAAUGGUCGAUUUACUGAUGAUCAGAAAUUAAUUUACAAUGCUGUUCUAUGUGCAUCACGUGCUGUUUUAAAUGAAAUUAAACCAGGUGAAGAUUGGGUUAAACUUCAUCAAUUAGCAGAACAAGAAAUUUUGAUUCAUUUAAAGAAUGGUGGUCUACUUCUUGGCAAUAUUGACGAAAUGAUGGAAUCAAGAUUAGGCGCUAUAUUUAUGCCACAUGGAUUAGGUCAUUUACUUGGAUGUGAUGUACAUGAUGUUGGCGGCUAUUUAAAUGAUACACCAACACGAAGUACAUUGCCUGGUUUAAAAAAUCUACGUACUGCUCGUCUACUGCAAGCCAACAUGGUAAUGACAGUUGAGCCAGGAUGUUAUUUUAUUGAAAAAUUAUUAAAUCAAGCUUUAUCAUCAGAGAUACUUAGUAAAUUUAUCAAUAGAAAAGAAAUUGAAAGAUUUAGAAACUUUGGUGGCGUAAGAAUUGAAGACAACAUCAUUGUCACUGAAACCGGUCAUGAACUAUUAACAGAUGUUCCAAGAACUGUCGAAGAAAUCGAAGCAUGGAUGUCUUCUUCUAAAUCAGAAUAAAUAAUCUGUUUUAUGUAUUAGUGUGUAAUUUCUAUUGUAAUGAAAAAAGGUAGUUGCAAUCGACGAAUGCAUAAUAAAUGAACCGGAAUAACUCAAGGUCAAAUUGUUUUCUAAAUGAAAAUUUAAUUCAUCCAUAUGGAGAUUUGAUUUAAAUAAAAUGAUUUGUAUCUUCUGAUAAA